AUGGCACAGGUAUAUACAGAACGGGACCAGGAUCAAGAAGAUGACAAUAAUAAUUACGAAGAAAAAGAAGAAGGGAAAGAUAUAAUAAGUGAACUGGUGAAAGCAGUCAAGGAACUGAUAGAGGAAAACAGAACAAUGAGAGAAGAGAUAAAAGAAUUAAAGAAAGAAUUAUUUGAACGAGACAAAGAAGAAAUAUCUGAAAUAAAAGAGGAUAUACAUAGAUUGGAAAAAGAAGCUAAGAAGGAAAAGGAAGAACGGAGGAAAGAAAGGGAAAGUCUAAAAGCACACCUAAACGGGGAAGUAAGAAUAAAAGGAUCAGAACUAAAGGAACAAGAUGCCAAAAGGGAGAUGGAACAUUUCAUACUAGAGAAAAUAGAAGUCGAGUGCGAGUUACUCUGGGUGAAGAAAAUAGGGAAAGGAGAGAAAGGACUAAUAUUAGCAAAAGUGGACACCUGGGAAAAUAAACAAAACAUCAUGAGAAACAAAAAGAAAUUAGAUAGAGAAAGUAUUUAUAUAGAGCAGGAUCUCACCUACAUGGAAAGAGAAGUACAAAGGAAUAUUGCAGCAGAAGUGAGAAGGAUAAGAAUGGAAGGAAGAGUGGCGAAGAGUCUACUUAUCGAGAUCAUCGAAAGUUUAAAUAAAAAUUUUGUAAAAUAUUAUGAUCCACCCGAGGUACUAUGCAUCGAUGAAUCACUAAUCCCAUUCCGCGGGCGAAUCAUAUUCAGGCAGUAUUUGAAGCAGACAAUACACAAAUAUGGCAUAAAAAUAUUUAAGUUGUGCUGUAAGCAUGGAUUCACAUACAAUUUUCAUAUCUACGCUGGAAAGACUCUUGACAAGAAAAACACAACACCAAUAAAUAUUGUAAUGUGUUUAUUUAACACUUUAUUUCAUAAAGGUCAUACGUUGUAUACUGAUAAUUGGUACACCAGUGUAGAUUUGGCAAAUAAGCUGAUAGACAAAAAUACACAUCUGAUUAGUACACUUCGAACACAUCGUGAAAGAAAUCCAUACGAAGUAAUAAGUAGUAAAUUGAAAUUCAGAGAAAUUAUCGCCAAAGAAAAUAAUAAUGGUAUUACAGUGCUGAAGUGGAAAAACAAGAGAGACGGUUUGGUCCUGUCGACAAAACAUUCAAGCGAAAUGAUAAAUGUGAUAACAAAAAGAGGAUUUUGCCGCAAACCCAAAAUUAUAGCUGAAUAUAAUAAGGCAAAGACCUUUAUUGACUUGUAGGACCAAAUAAGUGCAUAUAGCAGUCAUUUGAGAAGAAUUCUAAAGUGGUAUAAAAAAUUAGCUUUUGAGGGACGCGCAUAA